AUUUUAAAUAUGGCGGAUAAAGGCAUGAAAAUGUCCCGCAGGUUUUGGAGCUUAUGAAAGUUAUUUUAUGACAUUUAUUUGCUGCUGACAAGAACACAUCCCGAAGCAGAACAAAGCAGGUUUUCACGAUGAGCAGCAGGAGGAAACGUGCGCCGCCGGUGCGCAUGAAUGAGGAGGCCAAGAGGAGAGUGGAGUGGAAUAUGCUUGAAGAUCGAAGAAAUGAAGGAGAAUGUGAAGACAUUCUGGAGGAAAUCCCAGCACCGUCUGACAGCUGUCAUCUUGGACCGGUGCUUGAGAGCAACCAGGAAGAGUCAAAACAGGGUUUUACAUCUUCUGCAGGCACAGAAGAAGGACCAUCAGAAGAGCGUCCAAGCUGUUCCACACAGGAUUCUCUUCCAGAUACCAUAGAACUGAAUGUGAUGCCAAUUUCUGCUCUGGAUCAGGGGUGGAAUGCGCUGAUUGGAGAGUUUAACCUGUGUCCAAAGAUUCCCAUUAUGCUAGGAGACGAUUCCUUCUGCCUGCAGCAAACAGGUGACACAUUAAGUAUGAGUCUGAAUAAUGAGUUGGAGGUUGAGACUGGCAGAAGUGAUUCCGUCUGCCCUGUGCCUGUUGAAUGUUCAUUUGGUGGAAUAUUGUUGGAGGAUCUGGAUUGGCUACAGAAGAGGAAGGUCAUUAAAUUGUGCCACGCUUCAGGAGAUGAAUUAGUAAAGCUGAAAAUUUUUCUUCUCGAAUCGGGAUUGGGCAGACCAGAAUUCCUCAGUGAAGGAAAUGGGCGCAUUAAAAAAGCCAAUCAGCUAAUGCAAAAAUUAAUGGAAUUCUUCUAUGACUUCAUCAUUCCUGAGGUGAUGGAGAAUGAAGAGGAGGAGUGUGACACUGAUCUGGAGCGUCAGAACGUCGAGGAGCUGUACGAUCACGUCAGACACCUCCAUCAGACAGAAGCAGCAGAGCAGAGUUUCGAUGUCCAGCACCCGGGCCUCAUCCCCGUGCUGAGACCCUAUCAGAGCCAGGCGGUCAACUGGAUGCUGAGGAGAGAGAAGCACAAAAGCAGCAGCUCUCAAGAACAAAGGUUGCAUUUUCUUUGGCGGGAAAUGGUCACGAUUUGUAGCAAAAAGCUCUUUUACAAUCCCUACACUGGAAGCUUGAUUAGAGAGUUUCCUCUGGCUGGAGUGGACUGGCCUGGCGGGAUCCUUGCUGAUGAGAUGGGACUUGGGAAAACCGUGGAAGUGCUGGCCCUUAUUCUGUGUAAUACCCGUCAAAACCUGGAGCACGGGGUUCUCACUUUGCCAGUGAAAAGGUUCUUUGUGGCGAAUGAAGGUUCGUCAGAUUAUAAAAAGGGACGGUCUGUGAAUUACUUUGUCCCUCCUCCACCAUUAGAGAGGCAACGAACCAUUAAACAUGAGGUGAGGCCCAAGGAGAAGAUCAUUUAUCCAGCUGUGCGUGAGAUGCUGUUGACUGCGAUUAAGGAAAUGAGGGUUGGGAAAGGAGCGUCAAUCAAUGCCAUUUUUGCUUAUCUACGGACCAUGUACAAGUAUGACACCCUAAAGAACCGGAACCACAUAAAGAAAAUCCUGACCAAGCUCAUUAGUGAAAACAUUGUGGAGCAGAUCAAAGGACGAGGGUUAGCAGGAUCCUUCAAACUGGGGAAGAACUACAAAGAAAAGAAGAAGAAGCCUGCCACUCCUCGAAUUAAGUCAGCUGACAAGGCUAUUCCCAGGAGAACAUCUCGCCGGGUUUCUGGUCAGGAAAAAGAGGCAUCACAGACCUCGUAUACGACAGCAUCAGACUCUGAAGACAGUGUGGAUCCUCCUCUCCUCACAGAGGAACUGAAAUGUGAGUCAGAUUCCCUCAUAGACUCAGAGAAUCCACCGCAGAAGAUGUCAGUAGACAUCACAGUUGAAGAUGAUAAAGAAACAACAGACAAACCUAAACAAGAAACAACAGAAGACAUUCAUGUUGAGAGGUCUAAAUCAGAUCCUACACAAAACUCAAAACCUGAACCCGAAACCCUCACCAGAGCAUCUGUGAUCCCGUUUAAUACUCCAGACUACCGCUUUGAGUGCAUCUGUGGAGAGCUUGGCCUGAUGGACUACAAGCCUCGGGUCCAGUGCCUGAACUGUCUGCUGUGGCAGCAUGCGGAGUGUGUCAACUACAAAGAGGAGAACCUGGAAACAACCCCGUUUUAUUGCCCUCACUGUCUGGUGGCCAUGACACCUGUAUCUACUGGAGCCACUCUUAUCAUCUCGCCCAGCUCCAUCUGUCACCAGUGGGUGGAUGAAAUUAACCGCCACAUUCACACUUCUUCCCUCCGAGUUCUGGUGUAUCAAGGUGUAAAAAGACAUGGUUUCAUCCAGCCUCACAUUCUGGCUGAGCAGGAUGUGGUCAUCACCACUUAUGACGUGCUGCGCACUGAACUCAAUUACGUCGACAUCCCCCACAGCAAUAGCAAAGACGGCCGCCGAUUCCGCAACCAGAAGCGCUACAUGGCCAUACCGAGCCCUCUUGUGGCCGUGGAGUGGUGGCGUAUCUGUCUGGAUGAAGCUCAGAUGGUGGAGUGCACCACAGCCAAGGCUGCAGAAAUGGCUUUGCGUCUCACAUCUGUUAAUCGCUGGUGUGUUAGUGGAACACCUGUGCAGAGAGGUUUGGAAGACUUGUAUGGUCUUGUCCUAUUCUUGGGAGUUGAUCCCUAUUGGGUCAAAUACUGGUGGGACCAGUUACUUUAUCGCCCGUACCGCCACGGCAAUACGGCACCGCUCUACAAUGUCAUUGGUCAACUACUAUGGCGAUCUGCCAAAAAAGAUGUCAUCGAUCAGAUCCAAAUCCCUCCUCAAACAGAAGAGAUCCACUGGCUCAACUUCUCUCCAGUAGAGGGACACUUUUACCACCGUCAGCAUGAGGUUUGCUCACAGGAUGCUCUUGUCAAGCUGAGGAAGAUCUCUGAUUGGUCAAUAAAGCUGGGUAGUUUGGACCGACGUACCGUCACUACCAUAUUAUACCCCCUUUUACGUCUGCGUCAGGCCUGCUGCCACCCGCAAGCUGUCAGAGGAGAGUUCCUGCCCUUCCAGAAGAGCACAAUGACAAUGGAGGAGUUGUUGAAGUCUCUGCAGAAGAAAUGCCGUGUGGAGUGUGAAGAAGCCCACAGACAGCUGGUGUGUGCUCUCAACGGUCUGGCUGGAAUCCACAUCAUCAGAGGCGAGUUUGUAGAUGCAGCGGAGAUGUACAGAGAAGUGCUGCGAUCAUCUGAAGAACAUAAAGCAAGGCUGAAAACUGAUUCCCUUCAGAGGCUUCAUGCAACCCACAAUCUGAUGGAGCUUCUGAAUGCAAAGCAUCCUGGGAUUCCUCCAACCUUGAGAGAUGACAGUCUCAAAGAAGAGGCUGAGCAGCUAAAGCAGCAUUACAUGGCCAAGGUGAACUCUGAGGUUUCUGAAGCACAUCAGAACCUACAACCUGUUCUUCAGCACAUAAAAGAGCAAAAACGCAAGGUGAAUCUUCGCUCUCCCUGGUGGCUGGAUAUCAUACAGCAGGCCAUUCAGUACUCAAUGGACGAUGACCUUGUGGGCCGCAUCCAAAAUGAGCUCACUUGCAGUUAUAAACAACAAGCCAACAAGCUCUCAUUGGCAGACAAGUUUCGAGAUGCUCGUGGUCUUCAGUUUCUGCUCAGCACUCAAAUGGAUGAUUUGAUGAAAUCACAGAAAACUGUUCAAGAUUCUGUAAAGAAGCUGGAAGGGCCGCCAUCUCAGCAAGUCAUCGAGGAAACAACACUCUGCCACCUGCGACCUGUUCGUCUGCCACUGAACAACUGUGUGUUUUGCAAAGCCGAUGAACUUUUUACGGACUACGAGUCAAAACUUUUCUCCCACACAGUAAAGGGGCAGACGGCCAUCUUUGAGGAGAUGAUUGAGGAUGAAGAGGGGCUGGUAGAUGACAGACUCCCCACGACCAGUCGGGGUUUGUGGGCAGCCAGUGAGACCGAACGAGCCCUUAAAGCCAUCCUGUCCUUUGCCAAGGCCCGUCGCUUGGAGUCUGGCCUCAUAGAGGAGGGAAAUUCCUUCAUGGAGCUCUUUGAGUCCUGGAAGAAAGAAUAUAAGCUGCUGCAUGAGUACUGGAUGUCACUGCGGGAUCACGUGUCGGCCAUAGAUGAGCUGGGCAUGGCCACCGAGAGGCUGCGUGUGCGGUUACCUGAUGAGCCCAAACCCAAAGUGCUUCAUAUCAUAGAACCUCACGAGGUGGAGCAGAACAGGAUAAAGCUGCUCAAUGACAGGGCUGUGGCCAGAUCACAACUGCAAAAAAAGCUUGGACAGUUUCUCUAUCUCACAAACCUAGAGAAGUCUCAGGAUAAGUCCACUGGAGGGUUGAAUCCAGAACCAUGUCCCAUCUGCGCUAGACCGCUGGGUCAGGAGUGGGCCGUAUUGACCUGCGGACACUGUUUCUGUAACGAGUGCAUCGCUAUCAUCGUGGAGCAGUACAGUGUCGGCAAUCGACGGAGAGCCAUAAAGUGCGCCAUAUGCCGACAAACCACUUCACAUUCAGAGAUCUCGUAUGUGUUCACCACUCAGAGCGCCCACCAGGGGCAGGACAUCCCUGUAAAGGGUAGCCACUCCACAAAGGUUGAGGCUGUGGUUCGAGUCUUAAAGAAAAUUCAGAUGACCGACCCAGAAGCCAAGUCUCUUGUGUUCUCCACGUGGCAGGGUGUCCUGGACAUCAUUGCAAAAGCCCUUUUCGACAACAACAUGGAGUUUGCACAAAUCAAUGGAAUUCACAAAUUUCAGGAGAACCUGAGUGCUUUCAAAUAUGAGGAGAAGAUCAACAUCUUGCUGCUGCCACUGCACACAGGCUCAAAUGGGCUAAAUAUCAUUGAAGCGACACACGUGCUGCUGGUGGAGCCCAUCCUAAACCCUGCCCACGAGUUGCAGGCCAUAGGAAGAGUGCACCGGAUUGGCCAGACCAAACCAACAUUCGUUCAUCGGUUUCUGAUCAAGUCCACCAUCGAGGAGCGAAUGCAAGCAAUGCUUAAAACAGCAGAAAAGAGUCAUAGUUCCACAUCCAUGAAGCAUUCGGAGGCCUCAGUGUUUACAGUGGCAGACCUGGCCGAGCUGUUCACAGAAGACAGUGAGUCUCUUGAGUGAAUGUCUCUUCAGACCUGCCAGUCCAUAGGCCAGUAAUGUGAACACUACACUAACACCAGCCAGGAGACGAGCCGUCCGCUGCUCUCCAGCUUUCCUAUAUGUUUGCUUUGCACAUUCCCCUUUCUAUAUGGUCUGUCCCAUGGUGUAAUUUAUUCAUGAUACUCAGUGUGAAAAAGAACACAGUUUGAUGUACCAUACGUACAGUAUCAGUCCUGUAUCUCUGUUUGCUUUCUAGAUUGAUUUUUAGUGGGUGUAAUUUUUAUCAAUGCCAUGUUGUGCAUAAACAAGUGAUUUUUAAUAUGAUUUUAAUGAACCAAAUUUGAAAUUAGAAUGCAUUUCUUAUGCUGUACAGUGGAUUGGUUUUAACAGUAGCACUCAUGUAUUUGUGAUUGAUCAAUCAAACCUUUUAUAAAAAACCACUGUAAUCACAGUCUGUCAGUCUGUGCUUUAAAGUCAAUUAAAAAAAAACACAUUAUGUGACAUUUUAUUGGAAUUAUGCUCUUGUCUUGGUUUAUUUUUUAAUCUAAAUGCCUUUUAUGUUUAGGAAGGAAAUUGCUUGAUUUUACAGCACUGAUCUUUGUCAGAGCGUCUUCCGUUCAAACGCUCCUUUCAGUGGAUUGUCUGUGCAAAGUUGUAGCAGACCAUUUUGAACAUUUAUCUGGUGCUAUUUGCAAAACAAAAGAUACGUGAUUCAGUGUCCGUAAAACUCACCCAAUAAAGAGCACUUGUAAAAAGUAAAACCAGAAAGCAAAAGGAAAGAGACUUUCUUUGUUCUAGAAUGGACAAGGGCAGACAGGGAAACUGAACUCUUUCUGUCAAGCUGUACUAAAAUGCAUAAUAUCUUUCAUGUCAGGUUAUGAUAACCCAAAUACAGCACUGCACAUUUUCUCAAACUCAAAAUUGUCUUAAAUGGAAAAAAAAAAAUUUGUCAACAGAGGAAUUAACCAAAAAUAAAUUUUCUGUUUACAAGAAGAGAUGCAUUUUCUUUGAAUUUUGUGUAGUUUGCAAUGUUAAAAUUUUAUUUUUCAGGUAAAUGCUUAGUAGACAUCAUUUUAUUGAAAAUGCAUUGAUUGCAAUGCCAUUGUUUCACAUUUUGGCAUCUAACAUUUGAAAAAAUCUCCCUCACAAGGUUGAAAGACUGACCUCCUUCUCUGUCCAAACAGUCUUAAAGACAUCAACUCUGUGGCUGAGGUGUCAGUGAACUGCCCUUGACUCACUGUGAUGGGAUUUCUUUUCAAACAAGUCGUUGGGGUUCCCGAAACAGUAAAGCGUUUGCCAUGCCCUUUAAAAACCUAUACAGACAAAAGAGUGAGAUAAAACAAAACACCGCCCCUGUACCUCCAUUCCCUUUGCAUGACAAACAAACUCCUUGUCGACCAACGUACUGAGAGGUGUAGUGCGCUGUCUGCUAAGUGGGUUGUCA